AUGGCCGCUCCGCUGCCGGUGCUCACCCUGGCGGUGGAGAAGGGCCCGCGUGCCGGAGAGACCCGGCAGUGCCGCGCGGGCGCCGCUCUCCGCGUCGGCCGUGUCAUCUCCGGCAACGACCUCGCUGUGCGCGACGUGGGCGCGCCGCAUCGCCACCUCGCCGUCGAGUUCCUCCCGCCGCCCGCCGCCCGGUGGGCCGUCUCCGACCUCGGCUCCUCCAACUGCACCUUCCUCAACGGCACCCGCCACGCGCCCUCCGUCCCGGCCCCGCUCUCCGACGGGGACCUAAUCGUCCUCGGCGAGUCCACCAAGCUCGCCGUGUCCAUCGCGCCCGAUUCGGAGGCGAAGCCCGCCCCUAGGCGCUCCUCGCGUCGCGCGGCGCCGACGGCGAAGGUGGUGGAGGAGGAACCGACCCCCGCAGUCAUCCGCCGGAGCACGCGGAAGAAGGCGGGGGUCGCGGCGGAGCCCUCCGAAGCUAAGAAGGAAGGGCUGGACGCAGCGGCAGUGGUGGUGGUGGAGGAAGAGAAACCCCGGAUGGUUACUCGCCAUAGCAGACGGAAUAAGGCGGCUGCACCCGAGGCCCUGGAAGCGGGUAAGGAGGAGAUCGAGGAGGCCGCUGUUGAGACACGCCGCGGUAGGAAGAAGAAGGUUGUGGAGCCCCCUCGCUCCCGUAUAAGAAAUCCCACCAGCUUAUAUCCCUAUGUUUUCUGGAUUGUAACAAGCCAUUACCAGCAACAUCAUUCUAUGAUCUAA